GACGGCAAUCCCAAUCCAAAGUUUUCAACCGUUGUGUCUGCCUUCCUGUCCGACACUGCACGCGCAUAGAUCAAUAUCAGGUAGCCUGCAACUCCUUGCAACAAAUAAUUAAAAAGUAAAUCGCAUGAAAGCAAUACAAGACGCUCACGCCAAGUAAUUCUUGCGACUGAAGAUUAAGAUUUCCAGAAUCACAAACACAGCCAGGGAAUAAAUUAUACACGAAAAGAAAACCUUUUAUCUUACUCUCCGAUCCAAUCUAAUCUUCUUCUAUCAUCCUCGCUUUUUCCGUUCGAUUUUGGUCAUCUGAAAUUGAAUCGGCUGCAAUACCUAUCCGAAUGAAUACCAAACCGUUAAUUUACCGGUUUUUCGGUUACCCCACUGCGGAUAAUACCGAACUGAAGCGCCGCCGAUUGGGCGGGAAGACUGACCCGCCGGCAGCUAAGCCGACUCCUCUGACCCGCCAGCAGUCUUUCAGCCGAGAUAUAGGUCACGCCGCCGCCGAGACCUUUCUGCUUACUCGCCUUACCUUCAAGCUCCUCCGGUACCUCGGGGUAGGUUACAGAUGGAUGACAAGAUUACUUGCUCUUGCUUGUUAUGCUAUGCUACUCAUGCCUGGUUUUCUUCAAGUUGCAUACUCUUACUUUUUCUCUAGCCAAGUUCGAAGAAGUAUCAUUUAUGGAGAUCAGCCAAGGAAUAGGUUGGAUUUAUAUUUACCAACCAGCAGCAGUGGCCCAAAACCAGUUGUGGUUUUUGUUACUGGUGGAGCCUGGAUUAUUGGGUACAAAGCAUGGGGUUCCUUCUUGGGUCUGCAGCUGGCAGAGAAGGAGAUCAUUGUAGCAUGUCUUGAUUACAGAAAUUUUCCUCAGGGAACCAUAAGUGAUAUGGUGAAAGAUAUUACCGAGGGAAUCUCAUUUGUCUGCAAUAACAUUGCUGGAUAUGGGGGUGACCCUAAUAGGAUUUAUUUAAUGGGGCAAUCAGCUGGUGCACAUAUUUCUGCUUGUGUUCUCUUGGAGCAAGCAGUCAAAGAAGCUGGGGGAGAAAAGGUCUCAUGGAGUGUUUCCCAAAUAAAAGCUUAUUUUGGUUUAUCUGGAGGGUACAAUUUAUUUAGUUUAGUUGAUCACUUCCAUAAUCGAGGCCUUUAUCGUGCAAUCUUUUUGAGCAUAAUGGAGGGCAUAGAGUCUUUUCAACGAUUUUCUCCUGAAAUUAGAUUAAAGGAACCAAGUGUUAUGGGCGCUGCUUCCCUCCUGCCUCCUAUUACACUUUUUCACGGAACCGCAGAUUACUCCAUACCAGCAGAUGCCAGUAAAACCUUUGCAGAUGCUCUGGAAGGAGUAGGAGUUCGGGCCAAACUAAUUUUGUACGAGGGAAAAACUCAUACAGAUUUGUUUAUUCAAGAUCCUUUGAGAGGUGGUAAGGAUGAAUUAUUUGAUAAUCUAGUUGCUGUGAUACAUGCCGGAGAUAAGGAAGCUCUCGAGAAGGAUGGUAGGUCUCCGCCGAGAAGGCAACUUGUUCCUGGGCUUUUAUUAUGGUUGGCUCGUCAGAUCAGCCCUUUCUAGCCUCCAUUUCUUAAAAUCGGUGGCAUCAGUGUAUGGCAUUAUGUAUCAUAGUCUUGUAUCCCUGUCAAAGUGUUGAUCCUUGUGUUUCUGUGUGUUUCUUUUUCUUUUUACCAUGUAUGACAGUGAAUUUCUAAAUGACUUGGCAAAUAUCAAUCAAUUAAAUAGUUGGAAAUUUGUUAAAA